AUGGCUAGACCAUAUAUCAGAAGAGGAACUCCGUCCCUGGGAAGGACAAGUCUUCAAAAAUCCUCUCAAUCAUUCAAGGGGGGUUUCGCAUGGAAGGUAGGGAAUGGGGAAAAUAUUAAGACAAUUAGCAUGCCAUGGGUGAAAGGGGAGAUCCCAUUAGUAAAAUCAGGCCAAACUCUGGGGGCCGCCUCGAUGUGGAAGGUUAGUGACUUUAUAGAUAGGGAAACGAAAGCUUGGAAGGCAGGGAAGAUCUGGGAAUGUUUCGAUUGGGAUUGGGCGAAAGCAAUCCUGCCAAUGGAACUCCCGCUUUCCAAUGAGGAUGAUUUCCCCUACUGGAAGUACCAUCCAUCGGGCAGAUAUACGGUUAAAACGGGGUACUACUAUCUUUCUAAGAAUUUGGGUCUAGAUAGUGCUAAUUUCUUGGCAAGGGAUCAGGAGUUUGUGAAGCUGGUAUGGAGGAUGGAUAUCCAGCCAAAAUGGAAAGUGUUCCUGUGGAAGCUGUUUCAUGAUGGCAUUGCCGUCAAGGCAAAUCUGGCAAACAGGGGUAUACCUAUCGAAACGGAGUGUGACCUCUGUAGAGAGGAAGAGGAAGACAACCAGCAUCUUUUCAGGUAUUGUAUUCAGGCAAAGGAAGUCUGGGAAACAGGUUCCUUAGACGUUUGCCCUGACUUUCCUGGGUCUAUUUCUUUUAAAGAAUGGAUCCAACACUAUAUCCUGCUCUUUUAUAGCGAGGAUGGUAAACAAGGAACCCGAUGUGCAAGGUUUAUUGCGUCUCUUUGGGGUAUGUGGCAGGCUAGGAAUGCCAGAUGCUUCAGGGAUACGGUUGGGACUAGUAGCCUAGUGAGGGAAUUUAUAAAUCUUGCAAUACAAGAUCAUGAAUAUUUCUCCCAUCUUGCGAGUAUGAUAACGGCGGAAGAGCCUACUAGCAGGGAUGAACCUAUCCAUCCUCCGGGUUUUAACUAUGUCCACUUAGGGAAGGAGAAGGCGGGGUUUGAUGACUUCAUUUUAGAAGCUGACAGCUCCUGGGAUAAGAGGACUACAAGAGCAGAGAUAGGCUGGGCGGUUAAGAGCAAUAACCUAGGCUUUGUGCUUGAGGAGGGAGGAAAAUACGGCGUUGCAGCAUCUGUAAUACAAUGUGAAGGUUGGGCUUGCUUGGAAGCGAUGAAAUGGGCUCAUUCUAAAGGUAGGAAUGAAAUCCUGUUACUAACUGACUCAUUAUCCCUGUUGAACAAUCUACAGGAUUACCAUGGCAAGGAGGUCUCGAUCAUUUGGUUUCUUAAGGGGUUAAGGGAAGUGGGUGCCUUGUUCCAAAGAUGCACGAUCCUAAAAGUGCAGAGAGAUCAGGUUCAAAGAGCAAACGACAUUACGAGACAAUGUCGGGUUAAUCUUAUGAAUUUGAUGUAA